AUGUACGAGGAAAACCGAAAAAAUGGGUACUCCAACGAGGCCGAAGAUGGUGGGGGAGAGGGGGAGGAGGAGGAGGAGGAGGGUGGGGAAGGGGACGAGGGUGAGGAGAAGGGGGGGCUGGGAAACGACGAGGAGAUGAACGGCGGGAGGAAGAUGGCCCGCACCGACACCCUCAACUCCACCACCAGCUCCACGGCCACGCAGAAGAAGAAGAGCCAGCACGCCAAGAAACAGGUGCAGGGCAACCAGCAGGUCCAGAGGGCUCCCAGGGCCCUCUACUGCCUCAAGCUCAACAACCCCAUCCGCCGGGCGGCUCUCUCCAUCGUGGAGUGGAAGCCGUUUGACAUCUUCAUCCUGCUGGCUAUCUUUGCGAACUGCGUGGCUUUGGGUGUGUCCAAGCCUUUUCCUGAAGAUGACUCCAACGCCACCAACCACGACUUGGAACAAGUGGAGUAUGUGUUUCUCGUCAUUUUCACCAUCGAAACCUUCCUGAAGAUUCUUGCCUAUGGCCUAGUCAUGCACCCCAGCUCAUACAUCCGCAAUGGCUGGAACUUGCUGGACUUUGUCAUUGUCAUUGUGGGGCUGUUCAGCGUGGUUCUGGAGACCGUGACCCAUAAGUCUGGAGGAGAGGCCGCCGCCGCCUCCACCUCUCACACGCCAGGCAAACCAGGCGGACUGGACGUCAAAGCCCUGCGUGCCUUCAGAGUGCUGCGGCCACUGAGACUGGUAUCAGGAGUGCCCAGUCUGCAGAUUGUGCUGAACUCCAUCAUGAAGGCUAUGGUGCCCCUGCUGCACAUCUCCCUGCUGGUCCUGUUCGUCAUCAUCAUCUACGCCAUCAUCGGCCUCGAGCUCUUCAUCGGGCGCAUGCACAAGACCUGCUUCUUCCUCGGCACAGACGACUACGCGGACGACGACCCGUUGCCGUGCGCGUUUGCCGGUCACGGGCGCCAGUGCUUGAUAAACGGCUCGGAGUGCCGCGGCAGGUGGGAGGGACCCAACAACGGUAUCACCAACUUCGACAACUUCUUCUUCGCCAUGCUGACGGUGUUCCAGUGCAUCACCAUGGAGGGCUGGACGGACGUGCUCUACUGGAUGAAUGACGCCAUAGGGUUUGAAAUGCCUUGGGUCUACUUUGUGAGUCUCGUCAUCUUCGGGUCCUUCUUCGUGCUUAACCUGGUGUUGGGUGUGUUGAGCGGAGAAUUCUCCAAGGAGCGAGAGAAGGCCAAGGCGCGCGGGGACUUCCAGAAGCUGCGGGAGAAGCAGCAGAUGGAGGAGGACCUGUGCGGCUACAUGGACUGGAUCACGCAGGCCGAGGACAUCGACGAGGAGGACGAGGACGGCAACAAGCGCCCGUCCCUGCGCGACCUCUCCGACAAGAAGAGGGGCAGCAAAUUCGGAUGGUUCAGCCACUCCAACGAAACCCACGCGAGUCUUCCGGCCAGUGAAACAGGCUCAGAGAAUACCGAGAACAUUGAUGAGGAGAACAUUGAUUGCUGCACUCUCUGCUGCGCGAAACUGAUGAAAAUCCCAUGCUGUCGAGUGCUGCGGCGCUGGAACCGGGUGACCCGUAGGAACUGCCGGACAGCGGUGAAGUCGGUCACCUUCUACUGGCUGGUCCUCCUGCUGGUGUUCCUGAACACGGCUCUCAGCGCCUCGGAGCACUACGACCAGCCGGACUGGCUCACAGAGGUCCAGGACAUCGCCAACAAGGUGCUGCUGUCCCUCUUCACGGUGGAGAUGCUGCUGAAGAUGUACAGCCUGGGCCUGCAGCACUACUUCGUGGCGUUCUUCAACCGCUUCGACUGCUUCGUGGUGUGCGGCGGCAUCCUGGAGACGGUGCUGGUGGAGCUGGGCAUCAUGCCGCCGCUGGGCAUCUCCGUGCUGCGCUGCGUCCGGCUGCUGCGGAUCUUCAAAGUCACCAGGCACUGGGCGGCCCUGUCCAACCUGGUGGCGUCUCUGCUGAACUCCAUGAAGUCCAUCGCCUCCCUGCUGCUGCUCCUCUUCCUCUUCCUCAUCAUCUUCGCUCUGCUGGGCAUGCAGCUCUUUGGCGGCAAGUUCAACUUCGACGAGACGCAGACCAAGCGCAGCACCUUUGACGCCUUCCCCCAGGCCCUCCUCACCUGUUUCCAGAUCUUGACAGGUGAAGACUGGAACAUGGUGAUGUAUGAUGGCAUUAUGGCCUAUGGAGGACCACACUUCCCUGGAAUGAUUGUCUGCUUGUACUUUGUUAUUCUCUUCAUUUGCGGUAACUACAUCCUGCUAAACGUCUUCUUGGCUAUCGCUGUGGACAACUUGGCUGGAGGAGAGGAGGAGAAGAAGCCAGAAGAGAAGAAAGAGGGAGAGGAGGCAGCAGAAGGAGAGGGAGAGGCGAAUGAGGAAGUAAAGGUUGAUGUGGAGGAUGAAUAUGAACAGGAGGAGGAAAGAGAAGGGGAAGAGGAGGCAGAAGAUCAGCUAAAAGUGGCUGACUUUGCCCCGCCGAAAGAGAAGGUCAUGCCCAUCCCCGAGGGCAGUGCCUUCUUCUGCCUCAGCAACACAAACCCGAUCCGAGUGGGCUGCCACACGCUGAUCCAUCACCAUAUCUUCUGCAAUCUCAUCCUGGUCUUCAUCAUCCUCAGCAGUAUCUCCCUGGCGGCAGAGGACCCUAUCCGGGCUCACUCCUUCAGAAACAAUCUCCUGGGCUACGCUGACUAUGCCUUCACAUCUAUAUUCACUGUGGAGAUUCUCCUCAAGAUGACUGUUCAUGGGGCAUUCCUCCACAAGGGUUCCUUCUGUCGAAACGUUUCCAAUCUGCUGGACCUGCUGGUCGUCAGUGUGUCACUUGUGUCCUUCUUCUUACAUUCGAGCACCAUCUCUGUGGUCAAGAUUCUCAGAGUGCUUCGAGUGCUGAGGCCUCUCCGAGCUAUCAAUAGAGCCAAAGGACUUAAGCAUGUGGUUCAGUGUGUGUUUGUGGCCAUCAAAACCAUUGGAAAUAUCAUGAUCGUCACCACGCUGCUGCAGUUCAUGUUCGCCUGCAUCGGAGUGCAGCUCUUCAAGGGAAAGUUUUAUCGUUGCACAGAUGAAGCCAAGCACACACCGGACCAGUGCAAAGGGACAUUUGUGGUUUAUAAGGACGGCGAUGUGAAUCACCCAAUGGUGAGGGAGAGAAUAUGGAUCAACAGCGACUUCAACUUUGACAACGUGCUUAUGGGCAUGAUGGCCCUCUUCACUGUGUCCACUUUUGAGGGCUGGCCAUUGCUUCUCUACAAGGCGAUUGACGCCAACUCGGAGAACCACGGCCCCGUCUACAACUACCGCGUGGAGAUCUCCAUUUUCUUCAUCAUCUACAUCAUCAUCAUCGCCUUCUUCAUGAUGAACAUCUUCGUGGGUUUCGUCAUCAUCACAUUCCGUGAGCAGGGAGAACAGGAGUACAAGAACUGUGAGCUGGACAAAAAUCAGAGGCAGUGUGUAGAGUUUGCACUGAAAGCUCAGCCGCUGAAGCUUUACAUCCCAAAGAAUCCCGUACAGUACAAGUUCUGGUCCAUCAUCAACUCCACACCCUUUGAGUACAUCAUGUUUGUCCUGAUCCUCCUCAACACGGUCACUCUGGCCGUGCAGCACUAUGAGCAGUCCAAGGCCUUCAGUCACGUCAUGGACAUCCUCAACAUGGUCUUCACGGGUCUCUUCACCGUGGAGAUGAUUCUGAAGCUGCUCGCUCUCAGACUUAGGCACUACUUCAUGGAUGCCUGGAACUCGUUUGAUGCCCUGAUUGUGGUGGGCAGCGUGGUGGACAUUGUGGUCACGGAGUUCAGCAGUGGAGAAGACAGUUCUCGAGUGUCCAUCACUUUCUUCCGACUGUUCCGUGUCAUGCGAUUGGUCAAGUUGCUCAGCAAGGGGGAGGGCAUUCGCACUCUGCUCUGGACCUUUGUCAAGUCCCUUCAGGCACUGCCGUACGUAGCUCUCCUCAUUGCCAUGAUCUUUUUCAUCUAUGCUGUCAUCGGCAUGCAGACCUUUGGGAAGAUUGCUAUGCAAUCUCACACUCAGAUCAACCGGAACAACAACUUCCAGACUUUUCAAGAGGCAGUUAUUCUGCUCUUCAGGUGUGCCACCGGCGAGGCCUGGCAGGAGAUCAUGCUGGCCAGUCUGCCCGGCAAGCGCUGUGACCCCGAGUCCGACUACGAGCCCGGCGAGGAGUUCACCUGCGGCAGCAACUUUGCCAUCAUCUACUUCAUCAGCUUCUUCAUGCUCUGCGCUUUCCUGAUUAUCAAUCUGUUUGUUGCCGUCAUCAUGGACAAUUUUGACUAUCUGACACGUGAUUGGUCUAUUUUGGGCCCUCAUCACCUCGAUGAAUUCAAGAGGAUCUGGUCAGAAUAUGAUCCUGAGGCCAAAGGGCGCAUUAAACACCUGGACGUAGUGGCUCUUCUGAGGAGGAUCCAGCCUCCUCUCGGCUUCGGCAAGCUCUGCCCCCACCGUGUGGCCUGCAAGCGACUGGUGGCUAUGAACAUGCCCCUAAACAGCGAUGGCACGGUGACCUUCAACGCCACCCUCUUUGCUCUGGUUAGAACAGCCCUGAAGAUCAAAACUGAAGGGGACCCCAACCAGGAGAAUGAGGAGCUGAGGAUCAUCAUCAAGAAGAUCUGGAAACGCAUGAAGCCCAAGAUCCUUGAUGAAGUCAUUCCGCCACCUGCUGACGAGGAAGUAACAGUGGGGAAGUUCUACGCGACCUUCCUGAUCCAGGAUUACUUCAGGAAGUUCCGCAAGCGGAAAGAGAAGGGGGAUAUUGGGGAACCAGACCCUAAAAACCCCUCUGCUCUACAGGCUGGUCUGCGCACCCUGCAAGACCUGGGGCCAGAGAUGAGACAGGCCUUGAACGCCGACAUGGAGGAGGAGGAAGAGGAGGAAGAAUGCAUGGAGGAAGAGCCAGAGGAGGACGACCCCCACUAUAAGGGUGAGAACGGCUAUGCAGGGCACUCCGAGCCCUCCGGCAAAGACCGGCGGACCUCCAUGGCUCCCACCCCCACCAACACCUCCGUCCCUCUGCCUGGAGAGGGUGUCUCCAACGGCGGGCUGUCACACCGGAGCGCCCUGGCCAACGGAGGGGGGCUGAUCGAGGACGACAUGAGGAGGGACGACAGAAGGUCACACCACUCGCACUACAGGAAUGGUGUAAUCAUUGACCAGCCACCCAAGAGAAAUUCCUAUUACAAGUACUCUCGGAGGGAGCCAAGGGACCACUAUUCGUCUCGCAGGAAAGAUCUGAUGGAUGGGGACGAUGGCUACUCCGGCGAGCAGGGCUAUUACAGGGAGGAUGAUAGUGAAAGCAUUAUCUCAAGAGAGGGGCAAGGCUAUCCCGACGACCCCCUGAGGUACCCUGGGCAUCGGAACCAGAUGUACGACUCACCUUCUGGCCACUCUGUUUACGCCAACCAGUAUGCCAACGGAUACGGAGAGGCCAGAAGAACUGCCCGGCGACGGCUUCUUCCCGCAACACCUACAGGUCGCAAACCAUCAUUUAACAUCCAGUGUCUGAGACGUCAGGGCAGCAGUGAUGACCUCCCCAUACCCGGCACCUACCACCAGAACUCACCGCCCUGCCGAACACGCUCACAGGCUUACGGGGGCAGCUACGAGACCAGGCGCAGCAGCAGCCGGUCCUCCACAGGCUCCUCGGCCUCGUGGGCCAACCCCGGCCCGCGGCGCGGUCGCCUGCUCUACGCCCCCCUCAUCCUGGUGGAGGAGGACGGGGCCACCGGCACCGGCGUGUGGGGGGACAAGAAGGCCUCCGGAGCAAGCGCGCCCGCAUCAGGGCGGCCGGACUGGUACGGAGCGCCAUCUGGGACGGGCGGCGCCCAGCCCUACCGGGCCUACACCACCCUGAGGGUGCCCGCGCAGCUUGGCCCACACUACAGCGAGAAGAGGGGGAGCGCCGACAGUCUGGUGGAGGCGGUCUUGAUCUCUGAGGGGCUGGGUCUUUAUGCCAAGGAUCCCAAAUUUGUGGCCUUCGCCAAGCGAGAAAUCGCUGAUGCCUGUCAGAUGACCAUCGACGAGAUGGAGAGUGCCGCCAGUGAUCUGCUAAGCCGGGGCAGCGGAGGGGGCGGGAGCUCGAGCGGCUUCUUAAACCAUACGGACAUGGGGCCCAUGUACAGCGACGAGGAGCCAAUCCGGAGCCGGGACGAGGAGGAGCUGGCAGAUGAGAUGACCUGUGUCACAUCGUUCUGAGACGCCAAAAGGACCAAUCAGGAGGCCGAGGAGGAGGGCGUAAGAGUGCAGCUGGCCAA